AAGAUCUAUUUUACCAAUAGUAAUGGAGUCACCUGCUUCUUGGAUUAAUUGUAUUGCAGGCUAUUGUACAAGUGCCAUAAAAUAAAAUACCCAUGGCUUUUUGACCUUAACUUUGUUGCCUUUUUUUACCUACAUCAAUAUAAUUUUUUCCAGAAAACAGAAUCUUUGUUGAACAGCCUGAAGCAGAAAGAAUCGCAACAGUAGACAACAAUAUACAUAUUGAAAGUCUGCCAAUUACUAUUAUUGAUGCAACAAUGGUGACCAGUAACAAAACUGACCUUCCCUAUGGGGCCACAGAUUUUCAAAAUACAUAUGAAAGUUGUGAAUUGGUUAUACAGCCCGAGACCGAACCAAUAUCAUCAAGAGAACAGAACGAUCCGCAACUUCAUUUAAAUCUACUCCACCGUAAUUCUCAAAUGACUCCAGUCUGUCAAUUUCUUGAUCAUUCUGACGCUGAAGAAGACCCUUUUAUCGGUGAUGAUCAACUCAAUGAUCCUGAUUUUAUACCUCCAAUAGAAACGGAUUCAGAUCGCGAUUCAGAAGAGCAUAUCAUACCUCCGAAAAAAACUAAAAUAAAUAAUCAGAACUCCGCAGGCGAUAAUCAUCCGCAGCCUUUUGCUGUAUUAAGUAAACGAUGCCGAAAGAUUAGAAAAGAGAGAAAGGAUAAAAGAAACUCAGGUCAGUCGUACGUAACUGAAACUGGGAAAAUGAUAUCUGAGAAAAGAUGUAUAGAAGAGCUUCCGGAUUGUCGGCGAAAGUGUAAGAAUCGGUUUGAUUACAAUUUAAGAAAAGGAUUGUUUGACUCAUUUUGGUCAAUGAAUAGUAGAAACAGAAGAUUCUCAGACUGAUUAUCUCAGCGGCUUGAUAACAUCUGGCCCUAAAGCAACUCAGAGAUUGCGACAUCAGAACGGACCUCUAAGAAAUCGUACUCUAAGUAACGUGUAUAAUUUAAAAGUCAACGGCGAUUUGCAACCCAUUUGCAAAACUUGUUUUCAAAAGACAUUUGAUGUCACCGACGGAUUUAUAAAGUAUAUGUUAGCUUCAAGAUCAGUAAAUAAAGCAGGAAUAGCAGAAAUGGACCGAGUGGGUAUUAAUCCGCCAAUUUCAAAAACAUCAGAUGAACGAAGAAGUCAAGUCAUUGAUCAUAUAAACUCUUUUCCCCGCUACGAAAGUCAUUACAGUCGUCGUCAUACCCAGAAGCAAUAUCUGGCAGCAAAUUUAAAUGUUCGUUUGAUGUAUUCUUUAUACAAAGAGCAAACUACUACUCCUGUAGCGUAUGAUAUCUACAGACAGAUUUUUAACGAUAUGAAUUUGUCUUUUAAGUUGCCACACAAUGAUACGUGCAAUACAUGUGACACUUAUUGUUUAAAACUAAAAAUAGCUACCAGUAAUGAAGAUCGGGAGGUCAUUCAAACUGAAUGGAAUAAACAUAAGGAUAUAGCUGAUAAGCAUUAUCUAGCUAAAUCCCAAGACAAAGGGGAAGCGAAAAUAAACAAAUCCACAAAGAUGAUAUCGUUUGAUCUUCAGCAAGUGCUAGCAACUCCCCACAUUAAAACAAGUAUUAUGUUCUACAAACGUCAGUUAUCCGUUUAUAAUUUGACAAUUUACGAAGGGGCAGAAAGUAUUGCACACAAUUUUUUGUGGGACGAAACCAUAGCUGGCCGAGGGGCAAAUCAGAUAGGUUCCUGUUUAUAUAAAUAUUUUAUGGCUUUGCCUGAACAUAUUUCCCAUGUUGUCAUGUAUUCAGAUACAUGUACAGGGCAAAACCGAAAUUCGCACAUAGCUGCUAUGUGUUUCUCAGUUCUGCAGCAGCACCCCUCUCUUAAAGUAAUUGACCAUAAAUUUAUGCUAAGUGGACACUCCCAUAUGGAAUGUGACACCGCACAUGCUAUGAUUGAAAAGAAAAAAAAAAGGACGGAUAUGAGAAUUCACCACCCACGUGAUUGGGCUCAGCUAAUCCGUUCUGUCGGGAAGAAGGGAACAUUUUUAGUCACUGAGAUGCUGCAAGCAGAUUUUUAUGAUUUUAAGGCCCUUUACAAUCAAAAGCUUCAAGUUAAAACCCGAAAUUCUGAAAACGAAAAGUUUAUAUGGCACGAUGUUCAGUGGUUGAAAUUGACAAAAGAUCAGAUUGGCGUAAUGCAAUAUAAAACCUCUGUUGACAUAGAUGAACCUUUUAAAAGUAUUUCUUAUCUACGAAGGCGGCAAAAUAACCCGGAUUUAGUACCUCAACCCCAAUACACAGCAUUUUUACCAAUAUCUGAAGAGAAAAAGAAAAAUUUGUUAAGUGUCUUACAUUUGAUAGAUCCUGUAUUUCAUGAUUAUUACAAAAACCUACCCACCUCUUCAGCACAAAAAAAUGGGUCUGAUGGUUCUGAAGAAGAUGAGUAGUGUAUUGGUCAAUUUUCAUAUAUUUCAUCUUAAUAUUGCGUCGCAGAAUAUAUUAUUAGGAGGUUUUAGGAUGUUAGGAGAACUCUU